ACCUUGAUGACAUCAUCAACAGGGGCCCACAGCUCAUUUCUCACAGGCUUCCCCUGCCAGGUUAACCUAGCUCUGCAUGGUCUAGUAGAGUCCUGCUAUACUUGACAACCGGCUCCCUUGGAAAAGCUGCAAGAAUUAAAAACACAGCCUGAGGAUCCCUUAUUUUCCACAAUAUGACACUGGCUCUGUUAUAUAGUGUCAGAAAGUUAAUUUUAAGUUGUCAUGUCUGCUCCCAUGUGAGAUGAAGAGGAUCCAGAGUACAGCAUUGCCAUCUAGAGGACUUGAACACACUCACUGCUCUACAACUCCACCCAACACUCUACUACUGCUGUUCUCCAAGUGCCAGAUGGUUCCAGCAAGCCUGGAGGAAAGAGGUAGCAGGAAAUCUAUUGAGGAGGCGCCUGCAGAAAGAGGCAGGAAAUUGAACCAGUUGACAGAAGAACCCCCUUAAGGCUGGUUCACAGUCAUUAAGGCCAUUUAGCUCAUCAACCUGCUCCACCCAAGACCAGGAGCUGACUCUGAAAAUAAAGACAACCCAAGUGGUGGUGACAUUUCUGACACCUUUGAGACUCCCGAGAGAAAUUUCAACAACUGCAUAGAAAAGUUUCUGGAUUAGGGCAGAAUUAACACAAAGCAGCGACGCCACUCCAGCUACACUCGCAAAACAACACAGGAGGAGCAGCACGAGGGGGGACCGAGACACUCGAGCGAACGCCACAACUGAAAACUUCAGACAGUGACAGCGAGAGGCGGACGAGUCCAUCCAGAGAGAGAGGCAGAGAGACGGCAGCAGAGAGGCAGGGGAUCUUUGCCUACAAGGUCCUGAAGGAUGGAAGAGAAGCAGUUUGCCGGGAUCCUGAACGGAGCAGUUCCAGGCGAGCCAGUGAAGAAGGAUGAAAACUCCCGGAGAGGGAACUGGGGCAACCAGAUUGAGUUUGUCCUCACCAGCGUGGGCUAUGCUGUGGGCCUGGGCAACGUCUGGAGGUUCCCUUACCUCUGCUACAGAAAUGGAGGAGGUGCUUUCAUGUUACCAUACUUCAUCAUGCUGGUGUUCUGUGGGAUCCCUCUCUUCUUCCUCGAGCUGUCCUUCGGUCAGUUCGCCAGCCAGGGCUGUCUGGGAGUGUGGAAGAUCAGCCCCAUGUUCAAAGGUGUGGGCUACGGCAUGAUGGUGGUGUCCACCUACAUUGGAAUCUACUACAACGUGGUCAUCUGUAUCGCCUUCUAUUACUUCUUCAUGUCCAUGACAAACCUGCUGCCGUGGACGUACUGCAACAACCCCUGGAACACGCCGGACUGCAGCGGGGUGCUGGGAAACAGCCCGAGGCUCAACACAAGCCUGGCUAAUGCCACAACAAGCCUGGUAGCAGGAGUUACUGAGGUGGUGAACCGCACCAAGAGGACCAGCCCUAGUGAAGAGUACUGGAAACACUACGUGUUAAACAUCUCUGAUGAUAUCGGGAACUUUGGAGAGGUCCGUCUCCCUAUCCUGGGCUGCCUGGCCAUCUCCUGGGUCGUCGUCUUCCUCUGUCUCAUCAGGGGCGUUAAAUCCUCUGGAAAGGUUGUGUACUUCACAGCCACGUUCCCUUACGUGGUUUUGACCAUCUUGUUCAUCCGUGGCAUCACUUUGGACGGAGCCAUAAACGGCAUCAUGUACUACCUGACUCCACAGUGGCAGAAGGUCCUCGACGCAAAGGUGUGGGGAGAUGCAGCCUCACAGAUCUUCUACUCUCUGGGCUGUGCCUGGGGCGGUCUCAUCACUAUGGCUUCAUAUAACAAGUUCCACAACAACUGCUUCAGAGACAGCAUCAUCAUCAGUAUAACCAACUGUGCGACCAGCGUGUACGCAGGCUUUGUCAUUUUCUCCAUCCUGGGCUUCAUGGCACACAACCUGAACGUUCCUGUGUCCGAGGUGGCCGACCACGGCCCGGGCCUGGCCUUUGUAGCUUAUCCAGAAGCCCUCACUCUGCUCCCCAUCUCACCGCUGUGGUCGCUGCUCUUCUUCUUUAUGCUCAUCCUGCUGGGACUGGGGACUCAGUUCUGUCUGCUGGAGACUCUGGUGACGGCCGUCGUCGAUGAGAUCGGCACAGACUGGAUCAUGAGGAACAAAACUGUUGUCACACUGACGGUUGCUGUAGUGGGAUUCUUACUGGGGGUCCCGCUAACGACACGGGCAGGGAUCUAUUGGUUGCUGCUGAUGGACAACUAUGCUGCUAGCUUCUCUUUGGUCAUCAUCUCCUGCAUCAUGUGUAUCUGCGUCAUGUACAUAUACGGCCACAAGAACUACUUUAGAGACGUGGAGAUGAUGCUGGGCUUCCCUCCUCCUCUCUUCUUCAAAGUGUGCUGGAGAUUCAUCUCCCCUGUCAUUAUCUCUUUCAUCCUGAUCUUCACAGUGAUCCAAUACAAGCCCAUCACUUACAAUGACUACGUGUAUCCCGGCUGGUCUCUGGCUAUCGGCUUCUCCAUGGCUCUGUCCUCAGUGGUCUGCAUACCCGUCUAUGCCCUCUACAAGAUCUCCAGGUCCCCAGGAGCCACUUUCAGAGAGCGGUUGAAGUUCGCCUGCAAGGCACAUCCAAAGUGGGGCCCAGCCCUGCAAGAGCACCGGACAGGCCGCUACGCCCCCAUGGCCUCUGAAGACACAGUGGAGGCUCGUCCCCUCAAGGAGAAGGAGGAGCUGAAGGAAGAGCAGAAGGAGGAAGAGAAGGAGAAGGAGAAGGAGAAAGACAAGGAGAAGAAGGAUGAGAUCAGCCUCACCAUCCAGGGAAGCAACGGCUCCACCAAUACACACAACAGUCCCAACCCCAGCGCAUAGAUGGCACUCUGCUCUGUCAGCGCCACCGUCUCUUUUUCCCCCCCAAACCUUCUCCUCCAUCCUCACCCCACUUUCCCACAGUCCUCUGUGGGGGAGAUCCCAUUCGCUGGAGACCUUUACAUAUUGUAAGGGCUUAUUAUAUCUAUCCUAACCUCUUCUAUCUAUCUGUGUGUUGUCUCUAGAUAAAGGAAGAAAAAAAAAAUACGAAAGGAAGAAAAAAUUGGGUCAUCAUCCAAAAGAUUUGUGUGUAUGUCAGUGUGUGUGUGUGGGUGGGUUGUUAAUUUGUUACACAUAAUUUAAUAAUGCAGUUUGUUUUUCCUUUCCUUUUUUUGUAAAACUUGUACAUGUCAUCUUCAUAUGCAGUUAGAGGUACAGUAGAUUGUGACGCUGCACGUGUUUGUUUUGUGCAUGCAGCAACAUAGAGACACACACUGUUCUCCUUUAUUCUGUUGGCUGGGUGUGUUUGAAAUCGGUACAUUUCUAGCAGCAGUGUAUGACAGCUGGAGACUUGUGAUGACAUGUGGUGCUGUUAAACUGUGCCUGUACUGGCCGUUUACAGUUCGAUCAUGCUGUAAGAUGGAAAUAGGCCAGAGACAGAGGCGGAUAAACUCAUUCACACUCAUACACUCACACUAUUGUACAUUUUACAGCACACAGUGACCUCAACCAUAGUUGAUCUCAGCUUAAGACUAAGCCUGUUGUUUUUUUAUGCUGCUUCCUUCUUUAAAUCGUUCGACAGAGCACAAAUAUUUAACAAACACCUGAGAUGGCAACUGACACUUAGGGCUGAUCAUCUGUGGAAAUCUCAUACAUUUGUAACUUUUUUCCACUGAAGCUGCUUAAACUUUGAAAAUUCAAACCGAGAAAUGUCAGUUAAGUGUACUGUACCAUCUUCCUCUGCAUUCACACAAGACACACAAAGCAUUUGUUUCCUGUCUUUUGACAGACGAGAUCCCAGUGCCCCGUUUCUCAGGGUCCAAGAGAAGUGAAACUGUGAGGUUUGUUGUUGUUGUUCCUUGCCUGUGGAAACCUUGUCUAAGCAGGCAGCCUGUUACAAAUAUAGGGACUGAAACCACCUAACCUUCUCUGAAACCUACACAAACACACAAAAAACAGGUGGAUGCAACUCUGCACAUAGAAGUGCCAUCUCUUCUUAAGUCUUCCAGGCAUUCUUUUAGAGUGAAAUGCAUCUUGGGACAUGGUCUAUGAAGGAAGGAGAGUACCAUGUGAAAGGAUCAUAGGUGUGUCGUAGUCUGUGUCUCCCGUGGGUCGUAGCAAUCUGCCCCGAAAAGGCAUGUUACCAAAAACAUUACCUGAGUUACCUGAGUCCUGCACAUGUUUUUGGUAACAUUUAUACUGUUUAUCUCAGACUGGUUUUGGUGUCAGUCAGUGGAACCUUUAAUGUAUUUACAGGCAUUUAUUUCAAGCUCUGAGCCAAGCUGUGCUGUGACUAAUGGAGAUACAGGAGGCAGAGAGAUGCAGCUUGUUUCCAGAAGAAUACAAUUGAUUUAAGUGAAUUUUGUAGUUUAAAUGUAGCUGUAUAGUAUUGUUCUCUCAGUAUAAUUCUCCUUUUUACCUCUCAUUAUUGUAAAGUAACUUAGUAAAUAAUUAUAAAGACAGCAUAUGUUUAUUUUGUACAAAAAGUAAAAACUACAGAAUCAUAAUUAACCUUGUUUACCAUUCCUCAUCUGUGACUUGACUUGUUGCUGUUGUUUUGGAGGGUGUGACAGGACAGAGAGGGGCUCUUUAGCAUGCAGGGUUGGGCUUCCCACAAGUGUCUGACUGGAGCGCGUCCAGGACAUUUGUAGCAGUGUUUUGGCAGUCUAAAUACAGAACAAAAACAUGAAGAGAGUUCUGUUUUUUUUGUCAUCUAGACAGCUGUGUGUGUGAUCACGUUACUUUGUCUGCUCAGGUGGAGAAAAGAUGCUGUUAGCUUCACAGGCAGGGAGGAUUUUUUGGGAUUGCAUCAGGUUUGGCUGUGAUGUUUCUUUACUUCUUACUUUCAGUAUUUCUUUGUUUCUGAGCUGACAAAACAUCAAUGGAACGGAGAUCUGGAGGGUUUUAAUACCAGUAUGAGCACAGAACAUAUUCACAUGAUGCACAAAAUCAAAUAUACCGCACAGCAAAUGUACAUGGCGACAGAGUAGUUGUCUGAUAUUUUGGGAGAUGUUUUCACUACGAUGUUGGUUCCUUGCCGAGAGUGUAGAGGACUGAUACCACUGUUGUGUUGUGUGAGACGAAUAUAAAGCUUGAGACAGCACCUGGGUAGCUCGCUUCAGAGUAAACACUAGUGAGGAGUAUUUUUGAUACUUUUCACUGAUAACAAAAGAUACCAGCAUCUCUAAAGCUCACAAAUGAUCUUGCGGCUUCAAAUCUUUUCAGUAAACGAGCACAUGAUAUCUGCUGGCUGCCAGUAGAUCAGAGAAAUGUCAUUUCGGCGUUGAUUGGCCGUUUUAAUUUUUGCCCCACUUAGGCCAGCCGUAUCACCAUUAUCAGGCUGAUUGAUUAACCACUGUAGGACAGAACCAGGCUAGCUGGUUGCUUUCAUUGAAGCUAAGCUAACCAGGGUCUGCUUGAUUAUGUGCAUUACCUGUUUGGCUAGCCUUUCUCUCAUGUUUCUUUUUGCUACACGUGAAGCUAACCAGCUGCUGGUGCCUGCUUCACGUUAGCUGCAGACAAAAGAGUGGUACCAGUCUUCUCUUUUCAGUAUUUUGUAGAAGGCGAACUAGCAUAUUCCCAAAGUUGUGAAUUUGAAGCAGUGAUUUUUUUUCCAUCCUUGUCCGGCUUUUAAUAUAUAAAUAUUUGUAUCUGUAUAUCUAAGCACAAUUUCAGAACUACUGUUACAUAGGCUCCUUUUUCUUUCGCUUCUAUUCCCCCACAAUGAUAUUGAAGAUGACAUUGAAUUUAACUGUAAGGUGCAGUUGCUCCGUUCAUCCACACGAUGGAGCGAGGCUGAUACUCAGGGUAGUAAAGGCACAACAGUGGUGUAACUGUAAAGUGAAUUACAAAAAGCCAGAUAGACACAUGGCUGUCUGUGGCUUAAAAUGUUAAGUGUCAACAAAACGGACCUUACUGAAGGCUAAUGCGAAGCACAGAAGUUAAAAUGCAGUGAACAUAGGGUUGCCAACUUUCUCACUCCUAAAUCAGGGACAGGUGCACGGUGCAAAUAUUCUGAUUCAACUGGAAAUGCAGAAAGCGUGUAUAUUCCCUUUAAUCCUUAUACUAUCAUUAUGUAACCUCAUAUGAAUAAACCUCAAAGAAACCACAAUUUGUCUCUUUACAUCAAAAAACAGGCAAAAGAAAAAUUAAAUGCAAAAGAGGAGUGUGACCCCCCAAAUGUACUUUUUCCAUGGAUACUUUUUGCUGCUCUUGACUGACUCAAGCAGUCUUUUGUCCUUUUGCACAGCCAGAGUUUUUGCAGGAUUGUAUACAACUGAUGCACGUGAGGGCGCCUGUGAUUGGAAGACAGGCGGUGUGAUUGGCACAUGAUCUGCCACUGCCGUUUGAUCUAAGAUCUGUAGAGUGCAGUCUGCUGUAUUUACAAGAGUUAAUAGUCAAUAAACGGGACAAUUGAGGUCCCGUAUGAAACAACCAAUUUUGCCCAAUAUACAGGAUGUCCCGGCUAAUACGGGACAGUUGGCAACCCUAAGUGAACAUGAUCACGAGAAGCACAGUGAGCAGUUUGAAACAAGCACACAUUACUAAAGCAGUUUGGCAGAAGAAGCUAUUUUUGAAGGGAGGCUGUCAGAUUUUAGAUGCAGUACGCUAGCUUUUCAAACAGGUGGAGACUGGAGGGGUUUGGUUGCUAGUUAGCGGUGUGUUGUAAUCUGCUGGUCCUGUUUUCAUUAACAAAAUAUUCACAACACUCAUGAAGAAUUUUGUAGUAGCAUUUAUUUGCAAUUAAAGUACUACAAAACCAGGUGCUCUAUGAAACAAUACAUUAUCACACAUUAUCUACUAAAUGUAAAGCUUCCUGAAAGUAGAGUUUCAAAUCUAAAGACCGUUGCAUUUUGAAAAAAUGAGGUUUCAUGUCCUGAAAACAGUGAUUAUGAACUUGUUAUUCUCAGUUAGCUCAGCUCGUUUUCUGUUUGUGAUGCCUGUCUCAUGUGUUCAUGCUGUAGUAGGUGAAGCUCUGCCACCAUGCUAUCUCUCUAUACAUCCCAACCCUCACCAUCUCUGCUGGCCCCACAACUCUUCCUCCCUUUGUACAGUAAUGUAAAAAUAUAUAAUUGGACUGUGUGUUUGUGUGUGUUACCUUUGCUUUUAUUUUUUUUCGGGGUGGUUACUUGUGUUUUUGCGGGUCGAGGGAGGGCGGGUAUUGUUUCAUUUUCGUUUUUGAUUUGUCAUUUUUCUUGUAGUAUAAUGUAGGAAAACGUCAGGUGUAUUGUGUACUCUGUGUGUAGUGGAUUAGUUCUUACUGCUGAGCCUGCAUGUAGCGCAGGAGUAGUGUCAGUAUUGAUGUCAGUGUACCUCUAAUCUCUCAGAACUAGCCAAGUCCUAUUCUGCUAAUAAUAUACAGUCUAUCUUUUAAGAAAAAAAAAGAAACAUUUUUUACUAAAAGAAGAGAAAGAAAACUACAUAUUUUAUCUUCAGAGUUUAAUCAUUGUUUAUCCAUGUUCAAUGACUACUUUGUUUGUUUAAGGAGGUGUAUUCAUAGAAAAAAAAAUAUGAUAAAGCCAGCUAACAUAAAAAGCAUUUCCAAACAAAAACUUUGGAUCAAAACUUGAAGAAUGGUUAGUUUUUACUGUGAGCUCUGGUGUAGAUGGCGGCUACAUGAAGAUGCUUUUUAUUAAACAGUGUUUCAUGAACUUCAAGCUCUGUUUUACACAGCACAGUGCCAACAGUCAAACAUCGCUUUUAACCUUUAGUAUACUUGUGGCCCUUUACCUGAACAGUUUGGCUUCUUCUGUCAACAUGUUAAAAAAACAAACAAAAGGAAACACUAAAAUUACUCUGCAACCUAGACUGAGUUAACAUCAGGACCCCACAACUCACCAUUUCUGUUUCAUGCAGCUCCAUUACAUAACAUUGGAAUAUUGCAUUGUUGUGUGAUGUUUUGGGGCUGAUAAGACGCACAUGAUUCAGACAAGGUUGAUAUUUUAUUAUUGAAAAGUAAGUCUUGAACUAUCUGGCUACCAACAGAGACAGUUGGUACUCCACAGAUGCUGAAAAACCCAUCUAAGAGUAGUUACAUUGGACCCAUGUCUUAUACAUAUAAUGCUCACUUGUAUCGUACACUGACGUGUUUGUGCAGAGAGUCAUUAAUGUUGCAAAAAAGGAACUAAAUGAAAGGCUCAGACCAUUUCUGACAAAAAUUCACAGCUCAACUGCUCUACUGUACGAAGAAACAAAACUGUGAUUCAUCGUGUUUCUGUGGCUUUCUGUAAAUCACAGAACAUUACCUCUCCAUUCUCUUACUACUGCUCUUAGAAGCACAAUCUCAUGUUUCAGCACUUUAAAGAAAUCAUUUGUUUAUUUUUACAAGCAACAGGAAAAGAAGUAUAUUAUGAAAAUGAUAAUUCACACUUACAUUUUGAAGAAGAAAAAAACAAACCAUAUAAUAAAUGUCCGAGUGUCAGUGGACAAAAUGCUGUGUUGUUUUUUUCAUGCCAACGUAAUCUGUUGUCCUGGGAGGAGAGGAGAGGAAAAGCACAAGUGAGAAAAGAGAAACACAGUUGUUUUGGUAUUCUCGAUCAUAUCUAUCUGUCUAUCUAUCUAACCAUGUCUGUUCUUGUUCUUCAACCUUUAGGGCCAAAAUCCAUUGAAAUGUCUUAGUCCUGUCCGCUGUAUAUCGUAAACUGUUGAAUUACAAAAUGGUAAAUAAAAUCUAUUUUAAAGAUCA